UUCGGGAGGUGGGCGAGUCCUUGGGCCCUGGGGCGCCUAUCGAGGGUUUGAAAAUAAGGUCGGUCAACGUGGCAAGGCAUUAUCGCAUACUGUUAGGUCUAUGACAUUGGCGGGCUGUCAAGCCCAGCAGGAGACGUGUCAUCUGUAGUACUUUGAUCCGGAAAGCAGUACUGAUGGGCGUGGCUAUGAAGGCUGGUCAAAAUACUCAUAAUGAUCAGCCUUCGUUGAAGGGCAAACCAUAUGCAACCACGUAAAGAAAAGCAAUGAAAAUCCACGUACUAUCUUCUAGUAGGGGCCAUCAGAGUUCAGAACUUCAGCAUUCAAACUAAACACAGCAACAAACGUUUGGCUUGCUCUCAAACGCCACGAAUUUCCUUCAAGAAUGGCGGAGGUUACCGAAAACCAUCUGAGAGUAAAGCUGCAUGCUCUGCAGAUUCUGUCCGGACAGGAAGGUGCAAGCCUACUGCUUACGGAACUGGGGGUAGCCAUAAAAACACAGAUGGGACAUACAGUGAAGGGAAAAUUGAAAAAGAUUCUAGCACUGUUCCCUGCUGAUUUCUGGAUUGAUGCUCAAGACAAAGUAGUCCUGCUCAACAACCAGAGAUCCUCAGGAAGGCCUAUAGUGCCCCUCGAACAGGACGUUCUCCGUGCAAACCCCUCAAGAUGCCCCUCUAACUUCCUUCCCACUGUCACAGUCCAAAAGAAGGAAGGAAAGGCUUCACAAGCAGGGGCAGUAUUGCCUGCCUGGGUGGGCAUCAAGCUGAAUCGUGUGGCCUCCCAAAGCGGUGCAUCUAACAGCAGCGCAUCUGCAAGCACAAGCCAAAACUGGCUCAUCAAACCAAAGGCGCCAACUCCGGUGACUGCAAACAAAGUGCCAACUCCGAUGCCUGCAAAUCAAACUUCAGAGACCAAGAGACUGGGAAAGCUUCCUGUGACUACGAGGCAAGCACCAAUUCAUUUGACUGGACCUCAAGCACCAUUUCAAGUAAACGAGACUCGAGCACCAGUUUCAUCAACUAGGAAUGACGAGGCACCAGUUCCAGCAACCAAGGACCAAGCAUCGGUUUCAAAUACAGCCGUCUGGGUACCCCAGCCACUGGUCGCUCCAGAGAGUCCCAGCCAGGUGCUUGUCAUCACCGACAAGGAAGCUCUGGGUGCCGCUGUUCAAAGCAUUGCACAGCAUUCCACCAUUGCAAUCGACUGCGAAGGUUGCAACCUGAGCCGGACAGGAAGGCUGUGCCUCGUCCAAGUGGCGCUCCCCCCUCCCAAGCACUGCGUAUAUCUCUUUGACCUUGUCUCUAUGGACUCUGACACAUUAGAAGCACUGAAGCAAAGCCUCGGGACUAUACUUGAGGACAGGAGCGUCACAAAGGUGAUCCAUGACUGCAGGCAGGACAGCGACGCCCUCUUUCACCAGCUUGGCAUCCGGCUGGAUGGAGUGUUUGACACUCAGGCUAGCUACGUGGCGCUGGUUAAAGUGCUGAAGGCGCAGGCUUGCAGCACGAGCAGGUUUGUCCCCCUGCCAGGCCUAAACCAGCUGCUGAAGGAGUAUACCGGGAAGGAGAACUCGGCGAAGCAAGAUGGAAAGGUGCUCAUGGAGAGGGACCCCUCCAUCUGGGAAAAGCGCCCCCUCAGCUUCGUCCUCCUACAGUAUGCGGCUCAGGACGUCAUGGGUCUCUUUGCCGUCCAAGACGGUAUCCUCCGAGACUCUUCGAAACUCGCCCUGGCUCAGCUGUCGCUCGCUAGUGCACAGUACGUCGGCGCGUUUCGCAACAACGGGGCGUCGGGAGCCCCUCCCAGCGGGAAGCAGAGGAUGGCUUUCAAUAAAACGGGCCGUCUGGUGCCCGUAUCCGAGUUGACUUCUGAAGACACAGCCCCUGAGGAGAGCAACAGCACGGAAGAAGACUUAGCGGAGCUGCUGGCUCUUCUUCCGAUAGACUUCACCGCAGAGCUCGCGAGCGGGGGCCAUCGACUUAUGGAGAUUGUGCUCGACUUUGGCAGGCGGCCUGUUGCGCGCUUCCUCGAUGGUAGCCGCGCGUUUCUCGCCCCUGAGGUGGUCUCGAGAGCAGCCCUGAACUCCGCAGUUCAGCGACUGGGUGCUUUUGGGAGCGACAAUCGGGCGGGCGUCCCUGGCACUCUGCAUCGCAUCAGCGCGCUGCGAGAGAGGGACUCAGGGGAGGUUCUUGGGCUGACCUACCGGGUGGGCCGAGCGGUUCUUGGGAGUGCCAGCAUGGCGCGUGAUAUGCUGAAGACGGGGGGAAAUAUUUUGCUCCUGGGCCCUCCGAUGACGGGCAAGACAACAAUAAUACGAGAUCUGGCGCGGCUUCUGUCGGACGACAGUUGGGUGGUGAUUGUGGACACCUCGAAUGAGAUUGCGGGAGCAGGGCCUGUGGCGCAUGCUUCGGUGGGGAACGCUCGACGGAUGCAGGUGAAAAACUUGGAGAGCCAGUCCGCAACCAUGAUCGAGUGCGUUCAGAACCACGCCCCAGAGGUGAUCGUUAUAGACGAGAUUGGACGCAAGAAGGAAGCAGAGGCUGCGCGCACAAUCGCCCAGCGUGGCGUGCGCCUCAUCGCGAGUGCGCAUGGAAGCCUCGCCAGCCUCGUCUCCAACCCGUUCCUUUCAGAGCUGCUGGGAGGAGUGGACCUCGUGACAGUCGGCGACUCUGCUGCAAAUAAGUUAUACAACGGCAGAAAGAACGUCCAACAGCGGAAGCGCGAGUCCAUCUUUCAGACGAUCAUCGAGCUCGCCCCAGAAAGGUUAAGCGAGUGGGCGAUCUUCGAUGACGUUGAGACGAAAGUCGAUAAGAUUCUUAAGGGAGAGCCCUUCGAAGCAGAGAUUAGAGUUUUAGACACUCAGACGGGGACGAUCAUGGUAGGACGAGAGAUACGUGUUCACCAAUGAUUUGACCCCCGCAAUUGUCUAGAUAUUCGCCCUUACAUUCCGAAGGCCGUGCGUGAAGUCUAUGAAAGACAUGCCAGAAGCUUGCCAG